AUGUUAUUGGAGGAACUUAAACGAAAGUCACAGGGUGACGCUAUCAGGAAUUUAAAGAGUGAUGCUGAAGCGUUUAAAGGCGACACUGAAACUCGCAAUGUCUAUAACAUGGUGAUGGCUUUGAUAGCCACUGGCGCCGAUGUCAAUCUUGCCGAUUAUGAUCAGCUAACACCACUUACGAUACCAUGGACGAUGUUGAAAACGUCGCAUGAUUAUUCGGAAAUGUUUCCAUGUAAAUUUACUGUGCGUGUUGUUGGCCGUUGGUGCCAAGAUGCUUGUUUGACAUAUCUCGGGGAUGUACGCGCAGAAGAUCUCGCCUAUUUUUCAUUUCGAAAAUGUAACAUAACAUAA